CUUUCCUGCUCUCGGAGAAUAAAAAUUCAAAAGAAACCAGAAGAUGGGUAGGAUUCCAUGUUGUGAGAAGGACAACGUCAAAAGGGGACAGUGGACACCGGAAGAAGACAACAAGCUCUCUUCCUACAUUGCCCAACACGGCACUCGUAACUGGCGUCUUAUCCCCAAGAAUGCUGGUCUUCAAAGAUGCGGGAAGAGCUGCAGGCUAAGGUGGACUAAUUAUCUUCGUCCUGAUCUAAAGCAUGGCCAAUUUACCGAUGCAGAAGAGCAAACUAUAGUGAAGCUUCAUUCCGUUGUUGGCAACCGAUGGUCACUAAUCGCAGCUCAGCUGCCUGGUCGCACAGACAACGAUGUUAAAAAUCACUGGAACACCAAGCUCAAAAAGAAGCUUUCGGGCAUGGGCAUUGAUCCCGUCACCCACAAACCCUUUUCCCACCUCAUGGCUGAAAUUGCGACCACAUUGGCACCCCCUCAGGUGGCUCACCUUGCAGAAGCAGCCCUUGGCUGCUUUAAAGACGAAAUGCUCCACCUCCUUACCAAGAACCGCAUUGAUUUCCAGAUCCAUCAUCCCCCAGUUAGUACUACUACUGCAGCGCCACCCGCAUCUACUUAUAAUAUUAAUAUCAACGGUAAGAAUGAUGAAAAAGAAGACACCAUCGAGAAGAUCAAGCUCGGUAUAUCAAGGGCUAUACAAGAACGUCCUCAUGACAUGCUACCAUCAAACAAGCCAUGGGACUCUUCUACUGCAAAUUUUGCAGGGGCCUGCAGUACUACUGCUUUCCCUGCUUCUAUCUCUGGAGGAUAUCACCAUCAGUAUGGCCCAUCAUCAUCUUUUGGAAAUGAUGGGAACCGAUCGCCAUGGAGCCAGAUCAGUAUCUGUACAGGAAGCACGUGCACUGCAGGGGACCAGCAUAUUCGGUUGCAUGAAAAACUAGAGGGAGGAAUUAUUAAUGGAGGAGAGGAUUCUGAGGGCGGAAAAGAAAUCAGAAAUGGAACCAGCAGCAUGUUCGCUUCAGACUCUGUCUUGUGGGAUUUACCAUCUGAUCAUGACCUAAUGAAAUAUCCAAUCGUUUAACAAAGGUUACACACGAUGCAACAGAUCGACGAGGCAGAAGAAGGCUAGCUGCAGGAACUAGUUCUACUUCAAAUAUUGGUUAUGGCAAAGAAUAAUAUAUAAAGAAAGAUUAAAAUUUAAAAAAAAAAAAAACAUGUAAAUUAAUAAAGCUAAUUCCAUAAAAUUAGGUACUUGAAAUUCAACAACGUACAAAUUAAGGCAGAAUUUCUUUCUUGCUAAUAUAUAGUUUCAACUCUCACCUUUUUCUGUUACUAGGAAUACAAUUAAUAUUGUAGAUUAAGCAACAUAUGAUGACGAAGAGGAUACAUCAGC